AUGGCACAACCCCGAGAAUUUCACCUCACCUUUGAAAUCCCUCCUCCAGCAACGGUCCGACCAGGUCUCCCAUUCACCAUUCCCGUCAUCAUCUCAGUCCGCGCCAUCGGCACCCCUCCAACACAGACUGUCACCUCUCGUAAUGAGCCGUCGAUGAGCGGGUACGCCAAGUUUACGGGGUUGAUGAUCUCGCAGCCGGGCAAGUAUCGGUUGAGGAUCAUGCUGAGCACUUCUUCGGUGAAUGGGGUGGUGACGAAGGAGUUCGUGGAUUCCGGGGUCAUUCAUGUACAAGCUGCGGCGCCGGCGGCUCAACGACCAAGCCCAGCCACGAUAGCCACGCUUCAACAAUUAACGGUCGAAAACCUCGACAUAUCUGCUGCAGAUAUAGCGAGAUGGCAAAGCGCCUGA